AUGAAAUUGAUAGUGAUUUCAGUAAUUCCAGUUGUUUUGAUAUUUUUCGUAGCAAUAUCUAGUUUACAAAUAGCUCUCUCAUAUACAAAGCAAUAUAUCAACGAAUAUGGUUAGAAUAUAUUUUAAAACUAAAUAAAAUUUAGCAGUAGCACUGAGUCUAUUAUUUCUUUUAGAUUAAGCAGAGAAAUCUAUAAGAUACCAGUCUAUAUUAGUAUGUUAAAUUCGUUGCAUGAAAAAAUGACCUAAGGUGAAGUUAUUAUGAGCCAUUUAUAUAGACCAAGCACUGUGAAUUAAAUGCUGUUAUAUUAAUAAAAAUUAACUCCAGAUCUAACUAAAUUAGCCUUUAAAAACAGGAUGUACGUAAAUAGCUGGUAUUAACAAAACGCCACUUAAAUUAAUUAACUUGAUAAACUAGGAUAAGAAAUUCUUUAUAAUUUAACUAGGUUAAUUCCAUUUUUGAAUACAAUUUAGUACUAAAGUAGAUUAAAUAUAUCGAAUGUAAUCACUAUUCCUUACUAGCAAGUAAAUAUAUUUACAAGCUAAGAAGGAAUAGUUCUUACUAAUUUUGCAAAUAGUUCCCUAAGUUCAAAAUUAGAUAGCAAUACAUGUUACUAAGGAAAAUUUAUCUAUGACCCAAGAUGCAGAUUUUUUUAUUUAAAUAGCUUAAAUCAUACUUCAAUAUUUAUGAACCCACCCAAAGUUUCUCUUGCAGCAACACCUUCAUAUCUAUCUUAAUAUACAUGCUAAAUGGCAAAGCGUUACAACUAAUAGACAAAAAAUAUAGAAAAUAGUCAUAUUUAAUGCAUUGAAGCUAUGCUUUCAAAUAUUUAUGACUAUUUUUAAAAUAUUAUCUAAAGUUCUAAAUAGUAUUAUGUGAUAGACCCAAGAACACUUUCAAUAUUUUUUAAUUCAAAAAAUAAAUACAAUUUCGCAAAUAUGACUUAAGCUGACAAUUUUUAUAGCGCAGAGCUCUAAUAUUUAUAAGAACAAGACUAAGCCCAAUAUAUUUAGAAAUUUAUUAAUGACACUUACAGUUAAUGGAUUUUUUCUAAAGAAAAAAAUAGCUAUGUAAACGUUUUGUAAAUGCUUAAUCUAAGUCAACAGGCUGUAGUGAAGGAUUAUACUAGGAAUGGGACAACUUAUAAAAUUAUUUUUAAUCCUGUUAUCCAAUAUGAUUAAAUUCCUAAAGUUGUAACAAAGUACACAAACGAAGAAGGCCUUUAACUAUAAUAUGCUUACCUUUAGAUAAAUAUUAUUUCAGAUGAAGAUCUCAAAACUUUUACUAAUUAAUUGCUAAGCUUUUUUUCAAAUAUGUUUGUUGGAGUUUAAAUAACACUUGCCACAAUAAGUAUUAUUUUUUUGAUUGUAGCUAUAUAUUAUGCAAUCUAGAUAUAAAAAUUGAUAACUUUGCCAAUCAUUCGUAUGAAAGAAACUUUAGAAGAAAUCAAUUAAUUAAAGGAGCUUGUAGAUAUUUCAGAAAUUAUAAAAGAAUAUGAAUAAAAAGCAGAUAUUAUAUUCUUAUCUUAAGAAACUUAUUUACUUUAUUAGAGCUUUUUAGAUAUGUUUGAGAUGAUAUAAUACACAUCUGAAAGUUUCUUUUUUGAAAAUGAAGGAAAGACAUUGAUUAGCCUGAGUAAAAAAGUAGAGUUUUUCACAAAAUUUUAGAACUACAGCGCAGCUGGUGUAACUCACAAUAAUAUAGGUAAUAUACUUUUGAACUAAGAACAUUUUUUUUAAGCUUUAGAGCAUUUCUCACUCGCAAUAAUGUUUGCUAAGUAUGAGCUUUCAACUUAUUAUUAAAAUAAUCCUUAUUCAUUAUAUGCUAAUUUACUCUAUGAGUAUUCCUACAUAGAAUAUAUUAAUUAUUAAACAGAACCAUAGGAAUAAAGCUCAAGAAAUAUUUCUAUUUCUCAAAAAAUUAUUCAUAACAAAACUAGUUUUAGCAAAUCUAGAUAACUUUCAAAAGAAAAAAGAGUUUCGAAUGACAUUUAAGAACUAAAUACUUAAGGAUAGAUUAUGAGAAAUAUAUCUAUAUCUUAAAAACCUACUACUACUAAAACCCACUUUAGUAAAUCAAGAAAAAUAACAUAAGAUAAAAAAUAAAUUUACGAAAAUAUAUAAGAAUAAAAUUUGACAAAAACUUAACAAACCUCAAAAUUGAAAAGACCAAGCAAAUACUUUUUAAAUUAGUAAAAUGCAAAAUCAUCUGAAUAAAUAUUAAGAUAAACUGAAGAUAAGAAUUAGAUAUAAGAACUCAUUUUAAAUUUAUUUUAUAGGUAAUAAAAUUAUAUAGUAACUCUAAUGGCAUUUUAGGAAAGUUUAAAUUCCUCAUCAAGCAAAUUAAACAAUCAAAAUAGCUUUAAUUUUUGGAAAGAAAUUAAACAUUUACUUAAUGAAUAGUUAAAGUUGAUAGACUACUUUCCAGAAAUUUAGUAUUUAAAAGUCUUUAUGAAUUGCUUAAUUUCUAAGUGCUAUUAUAACUAAUUUAAAUAUGAAAAAACAAAAAAAAAAUUCAAAGAAGCUGAAAUUGUAUUGAUUAAUUUAGAAAAAAUAUAAGAGCAAAGAGAAAAAGAACUUCCAAAUUUAACAGAAAAUGCUACUUUGCAAAAAGAAAUAGCUUUUGAUUUCAGAAAAUAAGCUUAAUCAAAAUAUUUUAAUGAAUUAGAACAUUAACAGUAAUAAUAAGACACUUCAAAAAAACUUUUUUUCCCUAUUAUGAAAAUGAGAUAAAACUAAAUAAGUACACCUUCCCAUUAUAAAUUAGAUACUUCAGAUAUAAUUAACAACACUUCAAUAAAUAUGUAAGUUAUAUAUAAUUAAAAUUAAGAGAGCCAAAAUAGUUUUGAAACAUAAAACAAAAUACUUACUAGAAGUAAAUCUAUUAACUAAGAUAUUUUAAAGAGGAGAAUUACUUCAACUAAAAAUGCUAGUGAAUAAAAAUUACUGAUUAAUUAAUCUUAGUUUUUAGAUAAAAUAAUAUAAAAUCAAUAAAAUAAAUUAUUAGAACUCACUUAAUCAAAUAAUUUGACAAAUAGCAGAAUGACUCUCUAGACACUGAAACAAUAUUUUUAAUUCAGUCGUUCAGAAUAUUUUAUUUUUAUUAAGAAAUAUAAAAAAGCUGCUGAAAUACUCACUGAAUUAUAUGAAAGCAGUUAAAAUAUGACUUCAAAUAUACCUUUCCGUAUUGUCUAUAAAAUUAAACAUAUUUUUGAUGCUCAUAAAAUUUAAGACUUGACCCUGCUUGAAGAAUACUCUAGGUUUAAUAAGAAUAUAUCAUUAUAAGUUGUAGUAUCAUUAGAGUAUAUUACUACUUAAAAUAAUCGAUUAAGCAAUUAGUUUAAUCUAUUUAAGAUCUAAAAUCAAAGUCAAUAAUAAAUAAAAAUUGGAAAUGAUUUUAAAAAGGAGUUUUCAGAAUGCCAAAUUCAACUUUUGUUAGGACUUUCAAUGAGUGUUUUAACUAAAGACUCUGAUAAAAUUUGUCUUGUCACUAUAGACUAAGAAGAGAAAUCUAUUACAUAAAUAUUAGAAUUGAUUGAUAUUAAAUUAUUUAGAGAAGUUUAAGAUAAUGUUUAUGAUAAAUUAAACAUUCAGAGCUUUAAAAAUCAAAAUUUAUAAAGCAUUUAAAAUCAAGACUAUAUUUUAGAUAGAUCGCGUUAUACUUAAUUCAAUUCUUAAUGUUGUAAAGAAAUGAUUGAUUCAGAAAUUACUGAAGAUGUAUAGAUAUUUGAAGAAUACUUUAACAAAAGUCAACAAAAAUUAAAAUCUAACUAAAAGAGGUUUUUAAUCUCCGAUUUAAAUACUGUUGUUUUGAUACUGAUUGUUAAAAUAAUAGUGAGCUGA